AUGACUGAAAACUCUCUGAAACAGAUGAAUGUGUACUCAGUGAGCUAUGUUUACACUCUAUUAGUGGGAGAUCAUACAAGAGUACAUUGGGAUAAAUAUGUCUGGAAUAGACUAUCAAUUCCUAAACAUAGAUUUGUGAUCUGGCUUGCCAUGAAAAGAAGGCUUCAGACAACAGAACAUCUGCACAGAAUUGGUGUUAGUAACACCUCAAAUUGUCUCAUUUGUGGGAAUGGUGUGGAAGAUCAUGUCCAUUUGUUUUUCAGCUGCUAUUAUAGUGAGAAGAUCUUGAAGAAAGUUAAAGAUUGGAUGGGGAUUAAAACUCAGAAGCAGGAACUUAUGGAGCUGAUCAGAUGGUUGAGCAGGAGUAACCACAGCAAAUUCCAGAAACAAGUUCUAGCAGCUGUAUGGGCUGCAAUGGUUUACUAUAUAUGGGGUGCAAGAAACGAUGCAUACUGGAAUAGUCAGGUGGUGAAUAUAGAUACUAUAGUCCAUAGAAUUCAGAAAAUGGUAAUUGAAAGAGUGUAUAGUGUAUUGCCAAAGAAGUUGUCCAGAAAGGAUAGGGAGUGGAUGAGAAGUAGAGCAUUACUUGUGUGUAACUAG